GCCUUCUUCCUCUGCUUCUGGUCCUUCAUCACCAUACCCAGAUAGAAAUUGAGCGGAUUAAACUGGUUUUGAUUUCUGUGUUGUAGGUAAUUAUGGGAGGAAAUGGGAAGCACCGGUGGAAAAUUUCGUUUUAUCACCGUUCCGGUUCGUCUCCGAGGAGGCAGCGGCCGGAACAGCAACCGCCGGAGGAAUUCCUCUGCCCGAUUUCCGGGUCUCUAAUGUCAGACCCGGUUGUGGUUCAGUCGGGUCAGACCUUUGAGCGGGGCUGUGUGCAGGUUUGCUUGGACCUGGGAUUCACUCCGGCGCUCUCUGAUGGUUCCGUUCCUGACUUUUCCGCGCUCAUUCCUAACCUUGCCAUCAAGUCGGCCAUCCUUUCAUGGUGCCGUACCACCGGUACGGACAACCCGCAGCCGCCCGAACACGACUCUGUUGAGAGGAUUGUUCGUGGGAAGAUGGAAGAGAAGGCGAGGGAGUUAGGUCCGGAUAUUAGGGUGUCGGAGAGGGAGCUGUUGAAGGCGGUGGCGGAGAACCCGCCGGUGAUAUUCUCGCACGCGGCGACGGAGGUGGGUCCCCGGGUCAAUCAUUUUAAUUCGAGCUCGUCGUCUGAUGAAUCGGUGAUUGUUGCGGCUAGCCCUUACACGCCGUUGCCGCUCGCCAGGCGACCCGCUUGUCUCUCCUCUGGUUCAUCUCCCUCGUCUGGUGACAUCGCCGAUAGCGAAAUCCUGACCCAAAACCCUAAUUCCCAAUCUUCUUCUCCUGAGGAACAGGAGUUGUUUCUGAAGCUUAAGAGCAACGACGUCUACGAGCAAGAACAAGCUGUGAUUUCACUGAGGAAGAUCACGAGGACAAAAGAGGAGGCUAGGGUUUCCCUCUGCACUCCCCGGAUACUCGGCACUCUUCGGCCGUUGAUCCUCUCGAGGUACAGCGUCGCGCAAACGAACGCGAUUGCUUCCCUGGUGAAUCUCUCACUAGAGAAACCGAACAAGGUCGUCAUCGUGAGGUCGGGAUUCGUCCCUCUCUUAAUCGACGUGUUAAAGGCGGGAUCGAGUGAGGCACAGGAGCACGCCGCCGGCGCACUCUUCAGCUUAGCUCUAGAAGACGAGAACAAGAUGGCGAUUGGCGUCUUAGGGGCGUUACAGCCACUACUCCACGCGCUAAGAUCCGAUUCUGAGCGAACUCGCCACGACUCAGCUCUGGCCCUGUACCAUCUGUCUCUGACUCAGUCAAACCGAGUCAAACUCGUGAAACUCGGCGCCAUUUCAACUCUAUUAUCGCUUGUGAAGACCCCCGACAUGGCAAGUCGCGUGUUGCUGGUGCUGUGCAAUUUGGCUGCGAGCAAUGAAGGGAAGUCCGCCAUGCUUGACGCCAAUGCGGUGGAAAUAUUGGUGGGACUGUUGAGGGAAGAAAAUGUAGACUCAGAAGCAACUCGGGAGAAUUGCGUGGCAGCCUUGUUUGCGCUCAGCCAUGGCAGCAUGAGGUUCAAGGGUCUGGCUAAAGAGGCAAGAGCAGCAGAUGUGUUGAGAGAGGUGGAAGAAAGAGGUAGUGAGAGGGCCAGAGACAAGGCAAGGAGGAUUUUACAGAUGAUGAAGGGCAGGGAAGAAGAGGAUAUAAACUGGGAGGCAGCUCUGGAUUCUGGUGGAGUCAGCCGGCCUCAUUACCGGGUUGGCAAAGAUGUUUUUGGUGCAAAUUCUACUAAUUUUUAAGUGUAAUUAUGUUUUUUUUUUCCUUAAUCUUGGAUCAUUAAUUGUUUGGGAUGUGAAAUGUGUACAGAGAAUAGGGUGUUGUUAGAGUGAUUAGAAGGAAAUUCGUGUGGUUUUUAGGUUUUGAUUUCUUGGAACUUCUUUUGCUUAAUAAGCUAUGUGUAGAGAAAUGAAGAUCAAUUUGCUGGAAUUUUAUGGUUUAAGUUCUACAUUGUUGUUAAUCUUGUUUAUUGCCUGUGAAUGUGAUCCGAGUUUCAGUAAACAAGAAUGAAACAUGUCCUCUUUU